UGAAAGAGUAAGAGGGGCCAUCAAAGUGAAGUCAUAGUAUCAGGAGCACAAUGAAACACUCCAACUUCCCCCUCUUUGCUCCUUUGUUCAUCCUUCCCUCUGUCUGUGCUGGCACAGCAGGGUUGCAGUCAUGCAUGUGGACACUGUCUUUCUUGUGUGUCCUCUGAUUUUUGCAGCCACACUGUGGAGGAGAGUCCAGGCUGUCUCUCCUGUGCCCUCAGUCCCUGACCGUGUCCAAGCACUGGUGGGCUCCUGUGUGGUGAUCCCCUGCUCCUUCACUCCUCUAGCUCCUCACCCUCCCAGGGGGAGGAAGGAGAGGGUGGAUGUCCGGCUGAGGUUCAGAGGUGGCGGUCACUUGUUCCCUCUUCGCAGCACCGCUUUUAACAGCGAGGACAGAGAUCAAGUGAGCCGGGAUUUCCAAGGCCGGACGUCGCUCUUUGGGCGAGUCGCAGAUGGAGACUGCUCGGUGAAGAUCGAAAGGAUCAGCCAGGAUGACUCACGGGUGUUUGAGAUCGCUCUGAAGAGAGGUGACAGCUUACUGUGGGGGAAGCCAAGGAGCUUCAAUCUGGAUAUUGUGGACACCCCUGAGGCUCCCGUCAUCAGCGGCAUGUUGUCUGCCACAGAGGGACAGCUGGUCACCCUGAACUGCUCCGUCAGCUAUCACUGCCCCUCCAGACCUCCGGCCCUACAGUGGAGCUGGGAGAGAGGAGCCCAGCUGAACAGCACGGAGCCUGGGGAGGUACAGACACUUCACCCAGAGCCCCACAGGCCGAUGUUACUGGCCUCUCUGUCCUUCACUGUGUCACAUCAGGUGAAACCCCGGCUCAAAUGUGAAGUCAGCUACCCAGGGGCCAAAGCGUUGGCCAUUUCAAAGGAUCUGCAUGUGACAUUCUCACCAAAAGAUGUAAAGGUUCAGGUCCAGUCCUUGAUAGUGCAGGAGGGGGGCAGCGCCUUGUUGGUCUGCUCGUGUAAAGCUGACCCACCGGUGUCUGAGUAUCGCUGGUCCUACAGCCAGCACGGCCGUACAGUGCACCUCGACCAGCGCACACACACAGUCCGGGUGCACAACGUGACACGAGACAUGAGGGUCCGCUGCUCAGCAAAGAACCUGAUCGGUCGAGGAGAGUCCCGGCCCACGCCGCUAAACAUACAAUAUAAACCAGCCAUCCUCCGGCUCUCCUCCACCUGUGUUGUGGACGAUUCAGAGUUGCUGUGUCGCUGUUCGGUCGACUCCAACCCCAAACCAGCAGUCACCUGGAGCGUGAAUGAUACCGUUCCACCUGGCAAUUACAACGUUUCCGUAACAUCUGAGCGCAACACGCUAACAGCCACACUGAAGGGCCACAUGGACAAACCUCAGACUGUGAUCUGCUUUGCUUUCAAUGCGCUAGGAAAUGACUCGCUGAUGUUGCUGCAGGGAGGAGAAGAGACAGCACCUUUGUUGUGGAUGUUGAUACCCGCUGCGUCCAUCUGCCUGCUCAUAUUCCUUCUGUCUCUUUGUUUCUACUGCUGCCGAAAGAGAGCCGGAAAAAAUGUCCUGAGUCGACGCCCAGCCAUGUACCCUGGAGGACUGGGAAUUUACCAGGACCGAAUGCCCCUCUAUAUAAACUGCACAGAAGUGACUCAUAUCUACACCAACGGCAGCUACCAACUUGUAUACCAGAACUGCACACCUCUUUUUGUCCACACUAAGCAGAUGCGUCCGAUGGCCCGAAGAGGAGGAGAGAGAAGAAGAGGAGGAGAAGUUGGAGGAACAGACAGACGAGUGGGUCUGGGGGUGAGAGGCACAAGAGAGGUGCAGGGCACUGCUGCGGCUGAUGCAGAGACAGCCAUCUACUUGGAGAUCCUCUGAGCUCACUGUGAGAGUGACAUGAUUCACCUGCUACAUUAAACUCACAUUAGACUUCAGAUUCAAUCUCACACUGGCGGUAAUACAUAGCUUAUGUAACAUUCAGUUAUUUGUAUAUAUUGUUAAUCCAUAUUGAACUCUUUGAGUGUUUGCCUGUGACGUGCCUGUGUGCUGUUCUUUGUUUUUUAUGAAAUAUGAAACGGAUUGAUAAGAGUUUUUUAUUAUUAUCAUUUCAUCCUGUGUCUAUUCUACACACACACGAGCACACAUAAGCACUCAGAUUUGAUUUGGUCUUACCACCAACUGCUCCAAUUGCAUUUGUAACGGCAGCUGCAGCAUGGUUAACACAAAGUGAUCCUCAGGUGGUGAUUUAAAUUUCAAUUAAAUGUAUCUGUUACAUGGAAUCAUACAAGGUACAACCCCAGUGAAAUGUAACCCCAUCAGCUCCUUCAACUUGUGCAUGGCAGUGUAGUAUGCAGCUCAACCUAUAAUGCAGUUUGUAAUAUUUAUUACACAAGUGAGGAAGUGUGUCAAUGUGCUCAUGAGAGAACAGAAGUGUUGUUGCAGGAAGAGCUCGGGUGCAGUUGAUAACACUAAUACUUUCUUUGUUCUACUAAGCAUCCCAGUUAGUUUUGCCAGUGAAGCCAUUCUGUGGCCAACUUUUCAUUAGUUUUUCACACCAUUCACACAAAAGCAUGAGCACUGUGUUUAUAGAACUGCCAUUUACUGUAACUGCAAAGUACAAAAAACAUUGCAACAUUUACAACAAAGACAACAAAAGAAGAAAUACAGGAGAAUUCACCCACAAAGUCCUGUCCAACCAUUCAUCCAUCCAUCAAAAAACACACUAUUAUCAAUACAUAAUUCAUGCCACGCUCAAAUGGAACUCGUCAGCUCAUGUUAAUGACAUUAAAAGUUGUGAACAUGAAUGUGUGAACUCUGAGCUCUCAGAAACUUUCCACUUGCAAGGUUGUGAUUACGCAACAUCCACUUUACAUAUAGAAUCUAACUUUUUAGCAGAUGUCUUUUGGUGUUUAGAGCGUUAAAUAACAUUUGACUGGAAAGUAGACUUUUGGCUGAAGUCCUUUUUGUUGCAAAUAUACCACAUCAGUGCACAUAAAGCACAUGUAUGUAAACUAUAAUUUCUACACAUGUAGAUGUACUUUUCCUAAUUGCUUUGUUUUUAUCCUUUCUUUGUCUUUAUCUUAUUUGGUCUGGCAAUAUCCCCCUAGGGAUCAACAAUGUUAUCUGAUUUCUAGAACUGGAAGACUAGGAAACAAGGAUGCCUGUUGUUUUUUGUUUUUUUUUUUCUUUUUUUUCUUACAGUUGCAGUUAAAUCAGGAAUGCCAGAACCUGAGCUGUUAUUAAUGAAAACUGCAUCUGUGAUUUUCCUAUUGUGAGAUUUCAAAAUGUGUGCCAUGAAAAAAAGGUUUAUGAAAAGGUUUCUUGGUAACAAAAGAAGAGAUGAGUGUCCACAACA